GCCCGGGCGAGACGUGGACGGCAGCGGGACUACUUGGAAAACUUGUCUGGGGCGGACCGGGAGACGCCGGCGCGGGUGGAAGAGGUUGUAGGAGGGCGGUGGCCGGCUCUCGGUGUACCCCCAUCUCCUAGGCCCGGCUCAGCUAGGCCAUGGGGCUCCAGAGCCUUCAGCGCCGCCAGGGAGGCGACCCCCUCGUCUAGCCGAGCGGGGCAGCGCUCUCGCCCCCGGGUGCGCGCGCUGGGCGAGCAGCGCUCCCCCUGGCCCGGUCGGCCCCAUCAUGGACCACCAAGAGCCCUACUCCGUGCAGGCCACCGCGGCCAUCGCGGCGGUCAUCACUUUCCUCAUCCUCUUCACCAUCUUCGGCAACGCGCUGGUCAUCCUGGCUGUGCUGACCAGCCGCUCCCUCCGCGCCCCGCCAAAACCUUUUUUUUGGGCGGCCGCCGACAUCCUGGUGGCUACACUCAUCAUCCCUUUCUCGCUGGCCAACGAGCUGCUGGGCUACUGGUACUUCCGGCGCACGUGGUGCGAGGUGUACCUGGCGCUCGAUGUGCUCUUCUGUACCUCGUCCAUCGUGCACCUGUGCGCCAUCAGCCUGGACCGCUACUGGGCCGUGAGCCGCGCGCUCGAGUACAACUCCAAGCGCACCCCGCGCCGCAUCAAGUGCAUCAUCCUCACCGUGUGGCUCAUCGCAGCCGUCAUCUCGCUGCCGCCCCUCAUCUACAAGGGCGACCAGGGCCCCCAGCCCCGAGGGCGCCCCCAGUGCAAGCUCAACCAAGAGGCCUGGUACAUCUUGGCCUCCAGCAUCGGCUCUUUCUUUGCUCCCUGCCUCAUCAUGAUACUUGUCUACCUGCGCAUCUAUCUGAUCGCCAAACGCAGCAACCGCAGAGGUCCCAGGGCCAAGCGGGGUCCUUGGGAGGGUGGGUCCAAGCAGCCCCGCCCUGUCCCUGACCGGGCUUCAGCCUCAGCCAAGCUACCAACCCUGGCCUCUUCUCUGGCUACGGCGGGAGAGGCCAAUGGGCACUCCAAGCCUCCUGGGAACAGGGAGGACGGGGAGACCCCUGAAGAUCCUGGGACACAGGUCUUGCCACCCGGCUGGGCUGCUCUUGCCAGCUCAGGCCAGGGCCAGAAGGAGGGUGUUCGUGAGGCUUCUCCAGAAGAGGAGGAGGAAGAGGAGGAAGAGUGUGAGCCUCCGGAAGUGCCUGUGUCUCCUGCCUCGGUUUGCAGCCCACCCCUGCAGCAACCACAAGGCUCCCGCGUGCUGGCCACCCUCCGUGGCCAGGUGCUCCUGAGCAGGGGCGUGGGUGCUGCAAGUGGGCAGUGGUGGCGCCGCCGGGCGCAGCUGACCCGGGAGAAGCGCUUCACCUUCGUGCUGGCUGUGGUCAUUGGUGUCUUUGUACUCUGCUGGUUCCCCUUCUUCUUCAGCUACAGCCUGGGCGCCAUCUGCCCGCAGCACUGCAAGGUGCCCCACGGCCUCUUCCAGUUCUUCUUCUGGAUUGGCUACUGCAACAGCUCACUGAACCCUGUCAUUUACACCAUCUUCAACCAGGACUUUCGCCGUGCCUUCCGAAGGAUCCUUUGUCGCCAGUGGACCCAGACGGCCUGGUGAGCCCGCCUGCCACUGCCUGUGUGGGGUGGUGCUAGCUGGCACCAGGGCCACCCUGCUUUUUGCCCUGCUUUCUGUGGCCACCGCCCUGGGGCUUUCUAGUCCCUGUCCAGAUCCUGCAGGCCUCAUCGUAGGAGCCCCUGGGAAGGGUGGGGCAGAGGUGCAGUUCACAGGGGUUCACGUGCAGGCUGGGCUGUGGGGGGGAUCAUCGGGGAUCGCUUCCCCGCCCCCUGCCAGAGCACAGGCAGGCAGAUGAGGCUUAGACCUCCCUGAAUGUAGCCAAGGCCAGCCUAGAAGGGAGUGCCUCCCUCCCAGAACUCAGAGCCCACCAGCCAAUGGGUGCACUGCCCUUUCCUGAGAACCCUAUGUUCCUGGGCCGAUCACUUGCUUGUGGUGUUUUUGUUUCUUUUUUAAACCUCCCCCACCCCCCCCAAAGCAGGAAACCAGCCUUUUCUUUCCCCCAGGAGGGCCUGCUGAGGAGGAGGAAGAAAGGAAGACUGUUCACCCACGUUGGGCACCCGUGGUCCCCAUCAGGCGCUGGAUGGGCGUUUAUGGGAUGGCAUCUCUGGGCCCUUCUUUCUCCUUUCCACUGUUUUUGAAUUUAUGGCUUCCUUACAGGCCAGCCCUGUGGUCCAGUCUUCUCCACCCAGCACCCCACUGGGAGCUGCUGAGCACGGAGGUGCCUUGGUAGGGCAGUCUGGAGGCCCAGCCUCUGCCUCGACGGGAGAUCCCUCAUCACUGGCAUUCACCCCCUGCAAAAACCGGGGUGACAAUACUUUGCCGCCUACUUGCUGUAGGGAGAUGAAAGGUUUUGUGGAAAGCUUUGAGCUCCGUGGGGGAAUGCACUCGAGAACCAGAAAGUGUGAUUAUCCGGCGCCAUAAAAACCCCGUUCUUUGUAUUUGCCACCGCCUGUCUUCCUGGAGACUUUUGUUCUGUGCCCGGGGUGUGUGAAUUUCUACCCCAAACUGGAAGCAGGGAGUGGCAGGCAGAAUCACUAUUUCAAGGGAAAGGAUGUCUUUGAGGACGUGUCCCUGUGCCUGCGAAGGUCUGAGUUAUUAUCUUGCACGACAGUGCCUCGGCGUUCCACCUGACACACCAAGAGGAUUUGCAGUGGCUCGGGGGCCCUCAGUGAGGGAUGAGUCUUUUGUCAUCAAAUAGGCAAAUUGUUUCCCCAAGAUAGCUAAAAAUAUCCACUCUGUGGAGCAGCCUGGAAUGAGAGGCUGUGGGGGUGGCAGAGCCCCCUGGGUGGGGUGUGCUGGGGCUGGAGCCAGUGAGCGAGGCCCCAUGGAUUUCUGGGGGAGCCUUCUGCUGAAAUGCCCAGGCAGGUCUGCAAGCCCAAACAUAACUAAUCCCACCCAAGCUGGGCCCGCUGGCCGUCUGGUCCCCAGACGUGUUGCUUCUGUGUGUUGACGGGGUUCUUCACGGGGGACCUUUCCUUCCUAGCCUAGGACCUGGCACCCAGAACAAUUUGGAGCAUGUAAAGGAUGUUUCCCGGGCCAGCCAGUGGUGUGGUGGUUAAAGUGGCUGGGUCCCACAUGGUUAACUUUACGG